AUGACUCAUCCUAAUCUAUCUAUCUAUCUAUCUAUCUAUCUAUCUAUCUAUCUAUCUAUCUAUCUCUGUUCUCUGUCUAAUCGGAAAUUAUUUAUGACCCAUCCUAAUCUAUCUAUCUAUCUAUCUAUCUAUCUAUCUAUCUAUCUAUCUAUCUAUCUAUCUGUCUGUUAUAUGUUAUAUAAUUGGAAAUUAUUUAUGAAUCUAUCUAUCUAUCUAUCUAUCUAUCUAUCUAUCUAUCUGUUAUAUGUUAUAUUAGUUUGGGUCAUUACAAUUUGUGCCAACAAUCGGAAAUUAUUUAUGACUCAUCCUAAUCUAUCUAUCUAUCUAUCUAUCUAUCUCUCUGUCCCUCUGUCUGUCUGUUAUAUGCUAUAUGUACUUUGGGUCAUUACAAUUGGUUCCAUGAAUCGGAAAUUAUUUAUGACUCAUCCUAAUCUAUCUAUCUAUCUAUCUAUCUAUCUAUCUAUCUAUCUAUCUAUCUAUCUGUCCCUCUGUCUGUCUGUUAUAUUGCUUAAUAAAAUCCCUGAAAGUUCCAUGCGUUCGAGCGAGCACGCGAACCGUUGCUCCGAUCCCGCGGUUCCUCUCGUACUGGACGGGAUAGCCGUGGCCACGGCCGACGUAACACGUGCCGAUCGGUAG